UAAAAAUAAAUGAUAACAAGAUUGAUUAUUUUAAUUGGUCAAUGUGUAUUUAGUAUCAACAAUAAAAAAUUAGAAAAAAAAUAAAUAUGUCUUUGGAGCAAACAGUGUGUGAAGAUUUAAAGGCAUUUGAGAGAAGGCUUACAGAGGUGAUAUCGAGUUUACAACCUUCAACACUCAGAUGGAGAAUACUUUUAGGUUUUGUAUCAAUUUGCACAGCUGUUGGAGCUUGGCAUUGGCUUACAGAUCCAAACACAUCAGCUGUUUCAUUUACUCAGAGUCUGUAUAAUCAUCCAAUUUUUGCAUUAGCAAGUAUUUUAUUAGUUAUAUUAUUCAUGUUAGGUGUUCAUAGAAGAGUUAUUGCACCAAGUAUCAUAACACAAAGAGCUCGUAAUGUUUUGGGUGAUUUUAACAUGAGUUGUGAUGAUACUGGUAAAUUAAUAUUGAAACCAACGAGACCUCAACAUCCACAUGAAACUUGAAUAAUAAAUUAUUAUUACUAUAGCAAUAUAAUUUAUAUUACCAAUGGAAUUAUUGCUACCAUUACAUUGGUAGAUUGAAUUUAUUUUUUAAAUAAGAAAAUAAAAGAAAAAAUUAUAAAUAUAUUUGCAAAAAAAUAAAAUAAAAAUAACUUGGUAAUCAAGACAAGCCAUGUGGUUUAUUUGUUAAUUGCAAGUAAAAAUUUCGACAAAAAUAAAAUAUGUAAUUAGUUAGGGUAAUAUGAAUAAAAUGAUAAUUAAUUGUUAA